CGAACGCCCGCCUUUCCUGCCACCUAGAGCAACCUUAUCUCUUUUUUUUUUAUAUGAGAAGCACCUCAAUAUUAUUAAAGGGGUUUCCCUAGUGUAAAGGCAACGCACGUUGUAGAGGACUUGGGAGUCUGUCCGUCUACCAUGAAUUGAACGGGGCGGGGAUAGCAUCAUUGAGAAACCAGAGCUUGUUGCUUCAUCAAAAGGAGCAUCAUCCCAAGCUGGGUCCAGCCUGAGAGUUCCCGGGGGAUAAGCAACAGAAAAGCACGCGCUGAGCGUGGCCGCAAUGAUGAAGAUGUCGUCUUCUCAUCGAGGACUGAAGCCCGUGCUGGCGGCCGCCCUCGCGCAGACGAACAAAGCGCCAUCUCUCCGAGCAAGGCGCGAACUGAGCUUCUUGGUCACAUCAUCAUCGUCAUCGUCGUCGUCGUCGUCUUCGUCAUCCUCACCACGGCAUCCCGUCCGUCGCUAUGCUCCCGAGUUGAUCCCAAUACCGAUCCCUAUACCUCAACCCAAACCAACAUUCCCACCGUCGGCCCUAUCACAUCAACAACGUCGCCAUGCAUCGUCGAAACCGGAGCCGGAAGCAGAACUCAAGCACACGCCCCUGUACAACCUCCACGUUUCGCUCGGGGCAAAAAUGGUGCCCUACGCCGCAUUUGCCAUGCCAGUCACAUACCCAGACCUCUCCCACAAGGACUCCCACCUCUGGACCCGCGAACACGCCAGUGUCUUCGACGUCUCGCACAUGGUGCAGCACAAACUCUCCGGGGAACUCGCCGAGGAGUUUCUCAUGACAGUCACCCCGUCAGCCAUCGGCGAAUUAGAAAAGCACCGCUCGAGUCUAUCUUGCCUUUUGAAUGAGGAGGGAGGCAUCGUGGAUGACACGGUGAUCUCGAGAAUCGGUAAAGAUAGCUUUUACUUUGUGACGAACGCGGGCUGUCGGGAGAAGGACAUUGCCUUUAUCGACGAGCACAUAUCGAAGUUUCUCAAGGCAAAAGAGGCAUCGGGGGAUAAGAUCAAUUGGCAUGUACUUGACCAUCACGCCCUUCUGGCUCUUCAAGGUCCCGAAUCCGCCAACGUGCUCCAGUCACUCAUCUUCAACGACACGGAAGACGAGAGUCUCGAUACGUCGCUGGACACGCUAUACUUUGGAUCCAGCCGGUGGCUGCAACUGACCCUACCUGACUCCGGGAUGAACACGCCAUCCCUCCUCAUCAGCCGUACCGGGUAUACUGGAGAGGAUGGCUUUGAAAUUUCGAUUCCUCCUGAGAAUGGAGACGCGACUGAGCUGGCGACGAACAUUGCCAAAGCUCUGACCGCCGACAGCUCCAAAGUCCGCUGGGCGGGGCUCGGGGCGCGCGACUCCCUCCGCCUGGAGGCUGGAAUGUGUCUCUACGGGCAUGACUUAAAUGAGAAGAUCACGCCGCCAAUGGCGGCGUUGGGGUGGUUGGUCGGUAAAUCCCGCCGGGGCGAGAACCCUACGCCAGCGUUUAAUGGGCAUCAAAUCAUCAACAAACAACUCGCUUCGCCAAAGACAAUGCCUGAGCGACGAGUUGGGUUGCUCAUAGAAAAAGGCCCCGCCGCGCGCGAAGGGGCAGAGAUCGUCGAUCCAGAAAACAACGACCAGGUCAUUGGUCACAUAACCUCGGGUUCUCCCAGCCCGAGCCUGGACGGACAGAACAUCGCCAUGGGGUAUAUUAAGAAUGGAUUCCACAAAAAGGGGACCCCAGUUGGAGUUAGGGUGCGGAAGAAUGUGAGGAAAGCGGAGGUCGCUAAGAUGCCCUUUGUGCCGAACAAGUUUUACACCCGGCCCUCGUGAAGGUUGUCUGCCUGGGGUCACGGCGGGCCGAUCUCUGCAGCUCCGCCGGAAAAGCGGUCAAGGGGACUCGGCGAUGGCUAUUGCGAGUUUUGCGCAAAGAACAUGGAGGCAGGAGAAGAUGGGCGAUGUGACAGGCUGGUGAUCCGUCUCCAUGGGUAGAUCUUGUCACACCCUGAUCGUCGGUUGUAGCCGAUCCUUUGGAGCAACGGCGGCGGCGGUGUUCUGGCACGGAACUCUGGCCUCACCACCUAGCUCUUAGCUUUUAGUGGAAUUUGCUGGUUUUUCUCCGCGGCGGGUUGCUUCUUUGUUUGCCCGGCCGCAGAGGUGUGUUUGACUACCCCUCUUCGUAUAUGCAUGCGAAUGUCUGCUAGCUUGUAUGACUAUCCCUAGCCUGACAGCACCAUGAGUUAGCGUAUCCCAUGUGAUUGGGGCCGAGACUUCGUGUGCGCAGUGAUCGAUGCAAGAAAGUUCCCUGCCGCCACCGCCGCUCUUUUCCUGUUUGCGUGCAUCCG